AUGCAGAUCAAGUACAUCCUCACCACCCUCAUGGGCCUAGCCGCCGCCAACGCCCUUGCCAACCCCGUCGCCCAGCCUGGCGCCCUCAACCCCCGCGCCGAACAAGCCGAACAAGGCGAGCAAGCCAACCAAGUCCAACAAGCCGGCCAAGGCGGCGAUUGGGACGACGACGACCACUUCGACGACUUCGACCGCUACAACGGCGGCGGGUAUCGGGGAGGUGGUCGUGGCUACCGCGGUGGCGAUCGCUGGGACGAUAGGAAGGGCCGUGGACGUGGUGGGCCGUGGUAUCGCCCGAAUCGGUGGGAUGGGCGUUGGGAUUAG